AGAGAGAUCGUGAGACGCUGAAGCAGAGUUUAGCUGCUGUUCAGCAGGUCACCUGCUCACUAAGGCUCAGAUUGCACAGUUCCCUAAGCACAAAACAUGAACCAGUCCCGAUGGAUUGAAUGGAGGACUCUGAAUAUGAGCAGUAGUGUUAUGAACAUAUCUGAGCACCUCUCCUGCCCUCUUGGAUUUGGUCACUACAAUGCAGUUGACAUCUGUAUCCUUGAGACAGUCGUUAUUGUCUUGCUAACAUUUUUAAUUAUUGCGGGUAACUUAACUGUGAUAUUUGUUUUCCACUGUGCUCCACUCCUGCAUCAUUACACCACCAGCUAUUUUAUUCAGACCAUGGCCUAUGCUGAUCUUUUUGUUGGAGUCAGCUGCUUGGUUCCUACUUUGUCACUGCUCCACUACUCAACAGGUGUCCAUGAGUCCUUGACUUGUCAAGUUUUUGGAUACAUCAUCUCUGUGCUCAAAAGUGUAUCUAUGGCAUGUCUUGCUUGCAUCAGUGUGGAUCGCUAUCUCGCUAUAACAAAGCCUCUCUCCUAUAAUCAACUGGUCACACCUUGUCGCUUGAGAAUCUGCAUCAGUCUGAUCUGGAUAUACUCUUGUCUGAUCUUCUUGCCUUCCUUCUUUGGUUGGGGAAAACCUGGUUACCAUGGAGAUAUUUUUGAAUGGUGUGCUACCUCCUGGCUAACUAAUGCCUACUUUACUGGCUUUAUCGUGUGCUUACUAUACGCUCCUGCUGCCUUUGUCAUAUGUUUCACCUAUUUCCACAUCUUUAAAAUUUGCCGGCAGCACACCAAAGAGAUAAGUGAUCGGAGAGCUCGAUUCCCUAACCACGAAGGGGAUGCUGCUGGGGAGACUGGGCACAGCCCCGACCGCCGCUAUGCCAUGGUUUUGUUCCGGAUAACCAGUGUGUUCUACGUGCUGUGGCUCCCUUAUAUCAUUUACUUUCUGCUGGAAAGCUCGAGGGUGUUGGAAAACCCAGCACUCUCCUUCCUAACAACGUGGCUUGCUAUAAGCAAUAGUUUCUGCAACUGUGUGAUUUAUAGCCUCUCCAACAGCGUGUUCAGGCUGGGACUGCGGAGACUGUCAGAGACAAUCUGUUCAUCUUGUAUGUGUUCAAAAGACAGGGAUGUACGGGACCCUAAGCCAAGGAAACGGGCUAAUUCCUGCUCCAUUUAAAGAAGACGGGCACAUGUAAUCAAGUGCAGAGUUUUGAUAGUAUUUGUGGUAUCUGGAAACUUGCCAGAGAGAAAUGUUUACUUGAACAGCUUGCCGUGGUGUUAGAGUGAGUUUAAAAGGGAUCCUGGAAAAGGCAAAGGCAGCUGUAAGAAGGGUCACUGAACUCUUGUGAAAUUGUCGGGGAACAGUUCAACAGAGAUGAUGAAGAAAGUCAGAAAUAAAAAUCUUCCAAAGGGCAUGGAGUAACUACCACAUCAGAGGAGGCUCCUCGUAAAACAAAUUAGUUAGUUACUAUCUUACCUUUUCCCCCUUGUAGCCAAGUUGUCUUUGUGUCAGAAUACACUGUAGCCUUCAGAAUUGUAAUAGAUUUAAGAGGAAGCAAUCAACACCACAGUAUGCAGCUAUCCGUAAAUUAUAUACUUGAGGACUGUAGUAGGUACUGCAGGUAAUAAUCGGCUCUAUCUCUGCUCACAUAUUGUACAAUUUUCAGUUGUACAAAAAAUCUGCAAUGCAUAACCCCUACCCUGGGCAUGAUGCUUUGGGAUGAACUGGCUCGUUUUGGUACAACUUGCACAGAAGCUCUCCCUCUCAUUUCCCCGUUUUUUCCAUGCUGUGCAACCCUUAUAUUCCACUGCCUGCAGGUGGGUGAGUUGACGGCGCCUGUGAGGUAAACUGAGUCCCAAACCAUUCUUUCUGCAGGAAGCAGUAGCCCUCCCUGGCUGGCUGACUGCAGCUGCCCAUGUACAAUUUCUUCAGUCGUUCCCUCUGUUGACCCAGUUAAAUCAGCGCACAGUAUCAAUGUAGUGUCCUUUAGGGUGUACUAAAGCUUUUCCUUACGGGUUCCACAGAUGCAGACAUGAUAAUGGCACACAGCAGUGUGCAGCACUGCCUAGAAAAUGAAAACUAACCAACCCUUUUCUUUGGGAAAUGUCAAGAGCUUACUGUUGUAGCUGUCAGUCUGUUGUGUGAACCUCACUUGCACGUAGCGUAUUUUUUUUAAGAGAAAGCGUAAAUUGUGCCUAAUGUUUUCAUAGCACAUGGAAUAGGUCAAUGCUACUGGAUUAAAAAUUCACACUUGCUUCAAGAGAAAUACUUCUGUGCAGCUCUUUGUUAGACACGUGUUCUCAGAGGAGGUGAACAAGACAGUUCAGUGUUAAAUACAGGCCAAGAGCUUUGGUGUGUCCUUUUGUACGGAACUGACUUUGAUUUUGCAAGGGCACACAUUAGGUUUGUGUAAUAAAUUGCCAGGGGUUCAGAUGCAUGUCAGUCAAUAUAAUACUUAAAUUAUAACUUUGAACCAAAUAUCAUUUUCUUAGAUGGUUAUUGGCUUUUUAAAAAGGCCCAAUUAUUGAUUAUUGGUGCCUUUUAACACUGCACUAUUACUCCUUCUUUCACCAAAAUGCAUAUGUAAAGAUUGUGCCUAUUACUUUUUGUAAUGAAAGCUGACCACGUGUGCACACUUGUGGUUUGACUCUAGAGCUCCCUUAAUGCUGUACUCUUUGUUUUGUUGAGGUGGUUCUGAACCCCUGUACUUUUUUUUAACCCUGUAAGAAAGUUGAAACAAUGGAAUAAAGUAGUAUUAUAUCAAUCAAACUCAGCCUUGGCGUUAGUUCCCUGAUGUUACACUCUGUUCUCCUUGAAGUUCCUUUUGGGUUAGGACUCGAGUGAACAAUUUCAAAUCCAAAUUUCAAAGCUGCUUACUUGAUGUCUAAAAUGUUCUUAUUCUGGUUUCUGGCAUUGCUUGUCUUCAGAGUAGAUUCAAACGUGACUUGAAACAUUCCUGGAGCUGAGCUGAGCUGCUGCUGACACCCGGCUCUCACAGGUUUUAGGGAAAAAUGAAUGGUAUCCCUCACACGGAUCUCGUAGUGCUCCAUGUCUACAGGAAUGUAUUUGCUGCCUUCUUUUGACAAGUUGAUGUUUAUUUUGGGAGGCUCUUUUGGCUCGCUGCUGCUCUGUAUGGUUGUGUAACCCCAACUCUUCCACAAACACGAUGUGGAUUCAUUUAGUUUUGUCAUUAUUUUGUCAUUUUUUACUGCUUAGUAGGCCCUCGGUGGGCAAGACUUAGGCAAGGAGCAAUGAAAUAUCCUAUUUCUCACAAUUCACAAGGCUGGUUUCCUACCAAUCAAGUCAUUUUAUAUCUGUGCUCCAGAGCUGGCUGCUUAGAGCUUCUCAUUUUCACUGGCAUUUCUGGUGACAAGUUUCUGUGGGACCUUCUGAAAUUCAAGAAAAGUUCUAGCAAGUGCUUGAAAUCGAACUAAUGUUUAUUGAACCCAGCCUGCAGGCAGCAGAUGUAUUGUGAGUGUGGUACUGUAACUCCAGAUGUGUAGGAACACCCAAGCAAACUCACUUGGGUCGGUUGUGCCUUAGCUGAACCCUGUUUGUGUGACCUCAGCAAGUGCAGUUGAUGUACAGCAACUUCAAGCUUUAUUGCCCAAAAAGGGUAGGUCACAGGUAGGGCUUGGCCUCAGGGGCUGCACCCCAAAGCUUGCUCACUCUGAAGGGCACAGGUAGCAUUAUGUUCCUCUCUGCCAUCGUGUUCAGUGUGGAUUUGUUGGGUGCAACUAGAGAUUUCCUUCUUCCUCAGGCUGUUCUUGGAGGGAGAGAAUAUAGGAGAAAUCCAAAGCCCUGGAACUCACUCGUAGGAUCCAAGGUUCUUCACCCCCCUUUCAAAGUUUUUUGUUGAACAUUGGCUUCAUGUUGUUGGUGCAAGAACACUGUUUUGUGUUCCUGGACCCUGAAUUUCAGCUGCUGUAAAUUCACAUUUCAACCUGUUCUCUAUAAUCUCCUGGAAUCUGUCAAAUUAAACAUUCUCAGUGGAUUUAAGUAUUGCUUUUCUUCUUUCUGUUUCCCAGGUGACCAGAUUUGAUCUGGUCAGUCACAUGAAUCUUUAAAUUUAGUGUCUGUGUUUCAUUUUAUGGAAGUGUUUUCUAAAUUCAUGAUCUAAAAUUUUUAUUUGAGGGACAUUCUAUUACUGUUUACUAAUGCUGUCUGAGGAUUCCAGCUGCUGCUAAAUUCUCUUCCAGACUUAGAACGCUGGGCAUUUUAAUGGAUUAAAAAAGUCACAGAAAUUCCAGUCACCCAAUCUGUCACUUUGGAUUUUCAUUCUGUCAUUAUAUAAAGUCUGAAGUUCUUGUAUGAAAACCUGAUUAAACAAUGAUACUUUUAAAGCUGGCUCCCACUUUCAUGGGCCUGAAGAUCUUUAUGAUUUACGAAAUACCUGGUAAAGAGGAGACCGGACACUGACUAAAGAAGUUGAUGCGAAAAAGUCAUUAUUGAUAAUACAGGUAAUGAAAAGGAAGCAGCUGUAAAAUGCAAAAUGAAGAAAUGAAGCUAUAUGCCUGAUAGAUAAGUAAAACAAAUAAAUAUAUAUACACACACAUAUAUAUAUAUAUGAAAAACUCCUUUAUGCAGGUAGAUUAUGUUGUGCUGUUACAUUUCUCUGGGAUACUUAGCUUGCAGCACACCAGGGGCAAUGUCAAGGUCGAUUGCCUUACCAUUUUUGGAAUGUCAUGCCUGCAGCCCAAGGAAAAGUCCAAACAAUGGUGUAAUGGCAGCAAAAGAACUACCAGAAAGGUGUUUUUUUCUUCACCAAAUUCUAUGUGCUUCCUUAUUUUCUGGCUGAGUAAAUUUCUUCUUAAAAUGCUGUUCUUUAAAGGGGAAGGGAACUGUAGUGAUGAAAAACACAUUGCUAUCUUUGAAGGUUUACUUACUGUCUUAUAUAGUAAGAUAUUCUUUCCCUGUUUCUGCUUAAGAAUCCAUUUUGUAAUUGUAUUCAGUAAAGCAUGAGGUACUGUGCCAGUUUUAUUUUUGUGCAGUCUUUGUGCUUCCUCUGCUGAAAAGUUGGGAAAAGUUGCUUUGUUGAGCUGCCUUCACAGGUAGUUUAGGAAGACCUUUUAAAAACAGUGGUUUUAUUGGUUAAUGAUUAAUUUUCAUUCAUUAGUGUUUGGCAAUAGAACGUCCUUGAGUACACUUAGUUUUUACACUCAGCAAAAGUAGUAAAAUGUCCUUUUAUGGGUAAAUUAACUUAGCAGUCGAUAUUAGAAAUUGAGAUUUAAUGAGGAGUUAUUUCAUUAGCUAUUUCAUUUCAACGUGGAGCUCUUUUAUCUUUCCGUAUUAUAGUUGUAGCUAAACACGUGAGUAUACAGAUGCUUUAUUUUUUAAAGUUGGUGUUGGAAUGCCGGGGAUCUGCAUCUCUGAGCCCAGGUCGCUGCUGUUCCAGGGUGGGAAUAUCCCUUUAGCAGCUCUCCAGCUCAGGUGCAGCACGCUGGGCAGCCCCAUGGUCCUGGAGCUGAGUUUGCCAGGGAGCAGUGCCAGAGGUUCAGCAGGGGGAGCAAUGUCAGUGAAGGUGGCAGUGGCCUCCCCAGCCAUCCACCGGGACCAGCUGAUUUGCAGCUCUUUAGUUUUAUUGUCCCUGUCACCAAAAGGAGAAGUUUAAGCCUUUUGACUUCAUACCUGCCCACUGUUCCCUCUGGCUCUUUUUUUAUGGAUAGAAUGGUGCAUCUUUCUACCGAAGAACUGAAUUUGAUUGAUUUUGUUGGGUUUUUUUCAUUGAAAAAUUUCAUAUGUGUCAUUUGAAUGGCCAAACCAAGCCAUUAACUGCUUUGUUAACCAGAUGCCAAUUACUUUGUAGACCUUUCCAGAAGUGGCAGCAUCACUGAGGUAGUGUUUUCCUGUCAUUUGCAGCAUUGCCUGGAACAUUGCUUAAAGAUAGCACUUUCCAAAGAUUACAUGUUUUUUGCUAAACCAAAUACAGAGGUCAAGUAAAACCUGAUUUUUUUUUCCCCCUAUUUUACACAGACAUAUUUAAUGUUUUUCUAAGUAUGUGCUGAACUUAUGCAUAGAUCUCAGCAUUUUUAAUUGUUAACCAAAGUCUAUGCCAUUAUUGUUGAUGGGAUGAAAGCGAUGUAGAAGGCUAUUCAAGAGGAGAUGGAUUUUUCUCCUCAUUCUGUAAAGAAAUUCUUCCUUUCCCCAUCUGAUACUAGGACAAUCCCCUGAGCUCCAUGAGCUGUAAGUGCUAAAGGAGUGGGAUGUGAAUGGAGAAGAAGCUGUUAACGGCUCCAUGCCCCAGCACAGCCCUGAGAAAAUCCGGAAAUCCCUCACUUUUGCAUCCAUAAUUUCUUCGGGCUCCUCCUUUGUGCAAGUACUAGGAACGGUAGGAUGAAUGUAAGGAAACCUUAGGGCUUUCAGCUGCACUGACCAGUGGCUAGGAAGAGUAAUUUCUGGCAGUAAAAUCUUUGGGACUUUAUCCCAGUCUUACACCAUCUGCUGCCAGACUUAACCCUCUGGAGCAGACUGUGACACCGGCGCUGCAGGGUUUUCGUUAUAAGCACCAAAAAGGUGCUUAUAGGACAAAAAAAAAGGUGACUGGGAGCAAAAUGAAACUUUUCUAAGUGCAGUGAUUACCAGGGAAAAGAGUUUCUUCUUUCCUAUGCGAUGUUGAUCCCUGCCUCAAAGCUUGCAAUCUAAAAUGUGCAGCUGGCAGUGUUAGGAAAAGAGACAAACACCAGGGGUUUGAGAAGGGGAAGCUCAGAGAUGACAGUGUCAUCUGACAUGUGAGGGCACUUGUGCAUCUUGACAGCAUUACUCUUUUUUUCUUUGUUUUCUUUAAAUGUCUUUUUUUCCCCUCCUUCUGUGUAUUAUUUAAAUAAGCAGAAAUUCUUCUCAUCAUGGAAGAAGUCCAUUUUAUGAGAUAUUUAAAUGAGGGAUAGGGUAGUGGUUUGGGCAGGUAUAACAGAGGGUCCCAAGUCACUUGUGAAAACAUGUACUUCUUCAAAUUUCAUACACUUUAGGCAGGAACAUCUUCAAAUACCUGUCCCAGGUGAGGGUUUCCACUCCUUGUAUCACCUCUCCACUGUUGUUUAUGCUUGUGCAGGUAUUAACGAAAAGUUCUUGUGGGACAACUGAAUUUAGAAUCGUAAAUGGACAAAUGAUGUUUUCCGUGAUAAUUUGUUCUGCCUUAGGAAAGACACUGGCUGAACCUCCUCGUAUCUUGGUUGUUUGGGGUCAUUGGCAGCUCUGCACAAACUCAGUUUUGGGUAGUGGUGGGUAGGGCUGAAGCACCUGUCUGUCCUCUGCGUAAACUCUUACUGGUGAAGUUAAUCCUCUACAGAUGGGGCGGGAGACAGCUGAAGGCAAUAAUGCCUUAAACUGCCCCAGCAAGACUUUGCAGAGCUGUGUUUAUUUGAGUUCUUAAUGGUAAGGAAAUUGGUUAUAAUUUUAAAAAGAGAGGUCUAUAUGCUGUGAGUAAUGAAUUGUUAUUAGGUCAAGAACAGAGUAGUCUGGUUUUCAUCUGUGCCCUGAGCAGGCCAGAAGGAUCUUCAUUUGAGAAUUUUACUAUUAUCAGGUAGUUUUUCAGGCACUGCAGUUUUUGUAGGGAGUUUUAAUGCAACUGUGUGUGCAUAAGGAUUGUAAAUAGUCAUAGAAUGGCAAGGUUUCAGUGGCAGCUUUUAAUGCAUUUCAAGGGCUUUGGGGAGCACUUUGUGGCUCAAGUUGGGUAUGUUCUAAGUGUGUGCUGAAAUUGCCAAAGCCAAGACAGCAAACACAGGCUGUAAAUGCAAGAUGUUUAUCCAAAACUACUCUCUCUGUCAUACUGGAUAUUUGAUACUGUCCAGGCAAUUAUCUCAUGUUGGUUUAUGAAGAUGCUCUACAGAAAAGAAAGAAGUCUGACACAUGUAAGCAGAACUGUGUGCUGCCCUAAUGAAAUUAUGUUCAUGAUUUUUGAUUUUUCAACUCAGGACUCACAUGUUUUCUGUGAUCUCUCACUUUGGGAGCUCGUAAUCAAUUCAUCAUUUUCCUUUUCUGGCUGUGCUUUACUUGAUCUCUGGCUUUUGGGUUUUUGAAGUUCAAUUUUAAAUUAGAGUUUUCAAUCCAAUUUUGCCAUUUUGUAGCUGUGUUCUUCACUUGACUCAUGUAAAAACUUUUGUGGAGUAUUGGAAAGGUCAUGUCCUUGAAGGGAACUGCAUCCAGUCUGAAAUGUACUUAGGCUGCAUUCCAUUGUAUCUGAAAGAAGUCUUGCUGUACCUUGUUUACCAGAUUUCAGGUGUCUUGGCAAGAGCCUCAGUGACAGAUAACAAGUUCUCUAACCUCCUCUGUUGGGCUAAAACAUUUGCCUCUGAUUUUGUUUGUAAAGGUUGCUAACUAAAGAAACUAUUUUGGUGGUGAAACAGUAUUUCGGAUGGGGUUUAUGGAGAUAAUUUAUGUGUCUGUUGUAUUUCCUCUGGCUGUGAUGGUGGAACAGGAAGGUUAUUGCUUAAGUGCUGCUGGAAGUUCUGUCCACUUACCCCCUCCCUUUUUUGGGAAAAGAAUGUCUGUGAUGGUUGGUCAUUGGUACAAUUGGACUUGAGUGAUCAUCUUAUUUUAUGAAAUUCAUUGCAUUAGUAAUGCCUGUAAUUUGAAAAUAAAAAUCAUAACGAAG